AGGUUGAGCAGAGAUGUUUCUUCCCUUCUUUUCCGCAGAUCUUCAUCUUCCAAGUUUGGACUUCGUUGACACCUGUGAUGGAAAUAACUGCUUCUCCGUUAUCGACUCUUACUCGUCCAGCAACACCAACGGUUUCACCGUGUACGACACCACUUCACCGACGUACACCGGUUCCGAUGCUGUUCAUGAGACUACUUCGUUGAACCAGACCUAUGGAUGGGGCUGUGAGAGUGGAGACGCUUAUGGAUCAGGAACUUCCUUUGAUUCUGGCGUGGGCACCAAUCAGUCCGAUGCUGACAUCUAUCCCUACAAUGCCGUCGCAGACAAGACCUCCAUGCUCAGCUCUUCCUACACAGACUCGGCUGGCAACGUCUACACUGGCAACAACGGGUUCACCGUUACCGACAGCUACACCUGUGGCAGUGGAGAUUGCGGAGGCUUCUCCAUCAGCGACGUGUACGGGAACACGGCGUCCUCCUCGGCUGUGCAGCAGCUUCACGAGGUGACCAACAACAACACCUCCAUGCUCAGCUCUUCCUACACAGACUCGGCUGGCAACGUCUACACUGGCAACAACGGGUUCACCGUUACCGACAGCUACACCUGUGGCAGUGGAGAUUGCGGAGGCUUCUCCGUCGGUGACGUGUACGGGAACACGGCGUCCUCCUCGGCUGUGCAGCAGCUUCACGAGGUGACCAACAACAACACCUCCAUGCUUUCCUGCUCCGAGUUCACCCACUGCGAGUCCACUGAUGCUGCUGGCAACGUCUACGAUGGCAGCAACGGGUUCACCGUUACCGACAGCUACUCCUGUGGCAGUGGAGAUUGCGGAGGCUUCUCCGUCAGCGACGUGUACGGGAACACGGCGUCCUCCUCGGCUGUGCAGCAGCUUCACGAGGUCAACGCUCCUCAGACGCAGCUUGCGGCCCCUAUUGCAGUGUCAGGAGUUGAGGUCCCCAAGCCUCAGGCAAAGCCUGUCCGCCCAAGCCCUGGCCACCUCCUCUUCUGCGGCCAUGCUCUUGCCUUUGGCGCUGUGUCUGCCACCAUGCAGCUCAUCAACGGCGAGAAGAAGGACUGGCGUGCUACCUUCGAGUCUGAGUCCUCCAAAGCCGCCAAUGCCAUCACCCCAGUUGGUGGCUACGUCCUUCAGACUCACGUCUUCGGCAAGGAGGUCUCUGCCUAA